GAGACGUAGAGAGAAUGGAGUUGAAUCGAGGUUCGCGUGAAAUUUGUCACGAACUGACAAACGGCGAAUUAUACGAAGUAAUCGAGUUCGCUUGCGACACGCAAUAAACAUAUAUCUGUGCGGAUUAAGAGACGUUAAUCGUUAAAUGACGCAAAGUGCCGUGAAAAAAGGGGGAAAGAAGGGUGGCAUCCCUGAAGGAAGGUGGCGAUUUAAACGCGUUUUAACUCGUGACAUUAAACACGAGGUUUAAAAGGAUCUUGCAGAGAUGUGUGUUGGCGCCAUUUAGAGCACAUGUUGCGUGGAGACGCGCUUCUCCUCUUAUAGAUAUCGAACGUGGCGAGAGUCGUUUCGGUGUCGGAGUAUCGCCGUUAGAAGGGCCGCGGCCGGCAUCGGCGUCGACGUCGACACCGGGUUCGGCGCCGACAUCGGCGCCGCGCGAGAUCAACAGAUGCGAUGUGACGAGGACAACGGCCGGAGUGGGGCGCGAUGUAAACGCAGGUAGUACGCGCCAGGGCCAGGACGACGAGCAGAUGAGUACACGUGUCAGCGUGGGCGCCGGAUCAUUGGAUCGGGGAUCGCAGAGAGACUCGGCGUGCGGAAGCCACUGGAAGGCGAUCGGCCGUUUUCUACGACGCUUGACUGUCAUCAUGCUAUUGCUAGCAGUUGUUGCUAGCACGUUGGCUCUAGUGACGAUCUAUAUGGGACCGAUCUAUCUCGUGCAACUGCUUCUAGUGGUCUCCGUUGCCUAUUUCGUGGCCGGUGGUCGUUUAAGAUGGUUUUACGUCGCCCUGAAGACGUUGCCACGUGAUUGCAAAGGACUCAUAGGUUAUAUUACAAUGCUAUGGUCAAUACGUAGACAUGAGAAAAAAGAUAGAAGCGUCGCAGAUAUAUUUAGACAAUGGGUCAAUCGUCAUCCUAAUAAGGUCUGCUUUAUAUUCGAAGAUCAGGAAUGGACUUUUCAACAGAUGGAGGAUUUUAGUAACAAAAUUGCGACGAUAUUCAAAACGCAUGGUUAUAAAAAAGGAGAUGCGGUUGCUUUACUCUUAGAAAAUCGACCGGAAUUUGUUGGGAUUUGGCUAGGUUUAAGUAAGCUUGGCGUGAUAACGCCUUUAAUUAACACUAAUCUCCGUAAAACCAGCCUACUGCACAGUCUCAAUAUCGCAAAAUGUCAGGCGCUCAUAUACGGCAUAGAAUUCUUUAACGUUGUGACAGACAUCGCCUCGUCUUUAGAUGCUAAAUUGGCCUUAUACAGAUUCGGGAAUCAUCCGAAUGCAAUAUCUGUAGGAUUAAAAGAGAAAGAUUUAAAUGCCAUUCUAGUGGAUACAUCUGCAGCACCACCAGUGGUACAAGAGAAAGGCGGUCAUAAUGACAGAUUGUUAUAUAUAUAUACAAGUGGCACUACAGGUCUUCCAAAAGCAGCUAUAAUUACGAGUUCAAGAUAUAUCUUUAUCGCGGGUGCUGUUCAUUAUUUGGGAUUCUUGCGUAAUUCCGAUAGAUUAUAUACACCUUUACCAUUGUAUCAUACUGCUGGUGGAGUCAUGGCUGUAGGGCAAGCUUUAUUAUUUGGACAUACAACAGUAAUUAGAAAGAAAUUUUCAGCCAGCGCGUACUUUAGUGAUUGCCUUAAAUACAAAUGUACCGUUGCUCAAUACAUAGGCGAAAUGUGUCGGUAUAUCCUGGCAGUAUCACCUAAAAAGGAGGACAGGGAGCAUAAUGUUAGAAUGAUUUUUGGCAAUGGGUUGAGGCCGCAGAUAUGGGAAGAAUUUGUAAAACGAUUCAAUAUUCCCAAAGUGCUUGAAUUUUAUGGCGCUACCGAAGGCAAUAGUAACAUUAUGAACAUUGAUAAUAAGACGGGUGCAGUUGGGUUUAUUUCGAGAAUUAUUCCUUCAUUUUAUCCUAUAUCUAUUAUCAAAGUAGAUAAAAAUGGCGAACCGAUACGCAAUUCUAAAGGGCUGUGUCAAGUUUGUGAACCAAAUGAACCUGGUGUAUUUAUUGGAAAAAUUUUACCACACAAUCCGACCAGGGCAUUUUUAGGAUACGUGGAUGAAAAAGCAUCAGAGAAAAAAGUGAUUUGCAAUAUUUUCAAAAAAGGAGAUUCUGCCUUCAUAUCAGGGGACAUCCUCGUGGCUGACGAAUUGGGAUAUUUAUAUUUCAAAGAUAGAACGGGCGAUACAUUUAGAUGGAAAGGAGAAAAUGUAUCGACUUCUGAAGUAGAAGCAAUAAUUAGUAAUCUCAUUAACUAUCGAGAUUGCAUAGUAUAUGGCGUUGAGGUUCGAGGUCUUGAAGGUAAAGCAGGAAUGGCUGCAAUUUAUGAUGAAAAUGGGACAUUGGAUUUAAAUAAAUUAACCGUCGACAUUAAGGAAGAAUUACCCGCCUAUGCUGGGCCACAAUUUAUCAGGAUUCUGAUGAAAAUUGAUCUCACAGGAACAUUUAAGUUAAAGAAAAAGGAUCUCCAAGAAGAAGGCUACAACGUGGAAAAAAUACAAGACAAACUAUAUUAUUUAGAUGCGAAGCUUGGUUAUCAACUAUUAACACGAGAGAUUUAUGAUCAAAUUCAACAAGGCAAAAUCAAAUUCUAACUAUGUCAAACAGAAGAAUGUAAAUUAUGGCAAUAAUUAAUAUUUUAAAAUAUGUUGUCAUUAUACUACACACAAAAUUAUUAUUAUUAUACGCGAAUUUUAGAAACUUCUGGUUUUCUUUAGACAGUAAAAUAAUUGCGAUACUUCAAUCAUAUUUAUUAAGCAAUUUGUAUUGAUAAUGUUAUUAGAUUGUGUCCAUUACAAAGUUUAUAUUUUUUAUGCAGAAUAUGCAGGCAUAGAGUAUAAUGACAAGUCCAAUAAAUGCAUACAAAAUGAAUAAUAAAUAAUAGUUCAAAUCUGGAUGCAACUAAACAGUUAAAAUUAUCCAAUUAUACAAUUAAAUCUUUUGUAAAUGUACAAAUAACAUAUGCCUUUGGAAAUCAAAUUUUUAACAAAAUAUUAUUAAUUUAAAAAUAUUCUUUAUAUAUUAUGUAUGGUAACUUCAUUAUGCUUUACAUGUUUUUAGAUACUAUUUCUAUUUUUUAUGAAUUAUAUUAAUAUGAUAAUCUUUUCUAUUUACUCACAACAGUCUUGAUAUUUUCCAAUUUUAUUAUUAUUAUUUAAUUAUUUAGUUAUAUCCAGAGUGUAAUAUAUUUUAUGUUUUACAUUGAUAUUUGUAUUGUUUCAUAAAAAAUAUUUGGAAAUAUGUAUGAUAAAUUCUUAUUAUACGAACAA